AACUACAUUAUUUGUUAGCACACAAUUUUCUGAAUGUUUCUAUGUGUCCAACCAAGUGGGUUGACCACCGUGCGAACGUAACUACAAAAGCAGAUCCUAUGUUUCUUCUUACUUACAAUCCCUAGAUUACAGUAAAUAUAUCUCAUCUCACACCAAAUGUGUAUAUCAGUUUUUAUAUGGCAAUCUCACCCCCUUUACCCAUUUCUUUUAUUGCUCAAUCGUGAUGAAUUUCAUGACAGGCCAACUGAGCCUUUAUAUUGGUGGGAAGGUGGGAAAAUAUUGGGUGGCAAAGAUGUGACAGCAGGGGGAACUUGGUUAGCUUGUAGCAGAGGAGGCAGGGUGGCUUUUGUUACUAAUGUUCGUGAACUUAAUUCAAAAUCUGCUGCUAAAAGCAGGGGCGAUCUCCCUGUUCGGUUUUUGCAGAGUGACAAAACCCCUAUGGAGUUCGCAGAAGAGAUUGUGAAGGAAGCAGAUCAUUACAAUGGAUUUAAUUUCAUAAUUGCUGAUCUUUUGUCCAUGAAUAUGGUUUAUGUAACCAAUAGACUGAAUGGAGAUAGCUGCUACAUGACUACAGUACCACCAGGAGUACAUGUGCUAUCAAAUGCAAGCCUCGACACCCCCUGGCCCAAGGCUCAAAGAUUGGAGCAUGGUUUUAAAGAUCUUUUGAAUCAAUAUGGCGAAGGUGAAAUUCCUAUUAAUGAGAUGGUUGAUAAGCUGAUGGGUAAUACUGUUAAAGAUGACCUUAACAUGCUUCCUCGGAUAUAUUCUCCAGAAUUUGAGUACCAAUUGAGUUCUGUAUUUGUUGACAUAGUAUCCGCUAAGAGACGUUAUGGUACUCGAAGCACAUCUGCAUUGGUUGUAAAAGCAAGUAAUGAGAUAUUCUUCUAUGAAAGACAUCUGGAGAAUGACUUGUGGAAAGAGCAAACAGAAACAUACAUGAUCGACCAAAAUGAGAUGUAAGUGAAUCAUUAUGUCUCUGUGCAAAAAUGGACUGCUAAAGAUUUUAGUUCUUCAAUACUCUUGUAAGUGACUACAUGCCAACAUGUUUUUUGUGACAUUUGUUUUAUACAUAAAUAAUGUAUAGUUGCCCUAAAUAAUGCUUGAGCAUUAUAUUGUGAA